AUGAGUCCUUCUCUGAACUGUCUCACUGGCCGUAGGGCGCUGGCCCUUCGCCCGCAGCGGGGCAGCUUACUUGCUACGCUGAAGCAGUGUGCUGUCACCUCUGGUCUGAAAGCAACACCUCUGCUGGAACGUGGUGAUCGUUCUUCAAAACAUACUUUGGCUACAACAAGCCUUCGGGGACUUAGCCGCCCGCACCCGCCCGCGCUUUCCCUGCAGCACCAUGUCUCGCAGGUUACCGCUGUCGCGCGGUAUGCAUCCGGGCAGGCAUCGGAUCCGCACGACGAGGAGCUACCUAGCACCCCGCCGUUCACCGCAGGUCCUUAUUCCAACCUCACUAUUGGAGUACCCAAGGAAAGCUAUCCUGGCGAACGAAGGGUCGCGAUUACGCCACAGAACGUGAAACUCUUGCUUAAGAAAGGCUUCUCGCGCAUUCUCAUCGAGCGUGGAGCUGGCAGUGCUGCGCAGUUUACGGAUGAAGCGUUUGAGCAAGCUGGCGCGCAGACAGUCGAUCGCAGGAAUGUCUUCUCAGAGAGUGAUAUCCUGCUCAAGGUCCGGGCCCUUAGCAUCGAUGGAAAAGACAGCGAAGUGGAUGCCAUCCGGGAGGGCGCCACCGUCAUCUCAAUGCUCUACCCGAUGCAGAACAUGCCGGCCGUUGAUCGGAUUGCUUCCCGCAAGGCCACUGCAUUCGCAAUGGACAUGAUCCCACGUAUCUCACGAGCGCAAGUUUUCGAUGCACUGUCGUCAAUGGCGAACAUCGCUGGUUACAAAGCCGUCCUGGAAGCUUCCAAUACCUUUGGUCGCUUCUUAACCGGUCAAGUGACUGCUGCUGGAAAGAUACCUCCCUGCAAGGUCCUCGUAAUCGGUGCCGGUGUCGCGGGUCUGAGUGCACGUGAGCAGGUCCAAUCUCUAGGUGCGGAAUUUAUUGAAGUCGAUAUCGCCGAGGACGGCUCCGGAGCUGGUGGCUAUGCCAAAGUCAUGUCCAAGGAGUUUAUCGAGGCGGAGAUGAAACUAUUCUAUGACCAGUGCCGAGAGGUUGAUAUCGUCAUUACCACUGCCCUAAUCCCAGGCAAGCCCGCACCGAAGCUUAUCACCAAGGCCAUGCUCGGCGCGAUGAAACCCGGUUCUGUGAUCGUGGAUCUAGCGGCUGAAGCUGGUGGUAACUGUGAAGCUACUGAACCUGGAAAAAUGGUGGACUACAAGGGUGUUUCUGUUAUAGGAUACACCGAUCUUCCAUCCCGUCUACCCACCCAGUCGUCAACUCUGUACUCUAACAACGUUACCAAGUUUCUGCUUUCGCUCACCCCAAAAGACAAGAAGGAGAAGUACUACGAUGUCGAUCUCACUGACGAAGUCACUCGCGGAGCCAUUGUCACAUACAAUGGCAAGAUCCUUCCACCAGCUCCGCGUCCAGCCCCUCCACCAGUUCAAGCCAAACCCGCACCUUCGCCGGCCGAUCAAGUUGCCAACGCUGUUGCCCUGACACCAUGGCAAACGCAGUCUCGACAGGUAGCUAGCGUAACGGCUGGCAUGACUGCUGCACUAAUUCUAGGUAAAUUCACGGGCCCAGUUUUCAUGACCAACGCCUUUACCUUCUCAUUGGCCAGUCUUAUUGGUUACCGCGUGGUCUGGGGGGUGGCACCUGCUUUGCACUCUCCGCUUAUGAGCGUAACGAACGCCAUCUCUGGUAUCAUCGGAGUUGGUGGCCUGUACGCUAUGGGUGGCGGCUAUCUGCCCGGGACCAUUCCGCAAACCCUCGGAGCCUUGUCGGUCCUAUUGGCCUUCGUUAACAUCUCGGGUGGUUUCGUUAUAUCUAAGCGUAUGCUUGAUAUGUUCAGACGACCUACUGAUCCCAAAGAGUAUCCCUGGCUUUAUGCAGUACCCGCAGCUCUGUUUGGUGGCGGUUUCAUCGCAGCAGCUUCCACUGGCAUGGCAGGUCUGGUCCAAGCAGGUUACCUUGUCAGUAGUGUUCUCUGCGUGACCUCGUUGUCAGGACUUGCGUCGCAGACAACAGCUCGUCGCGGCAAUUUCUUGGGCAUACUUGGUGUUUUCUCAGGUUUUCUUGCAUCCCUGGCAGCCGUCGGCUUUUCUUCUGAUGUUCUCACCCAGUUCGCCGGUCUCGCUACGGUGGGUACUCUUGCUGGACUAAUGAUCGGACGGAGGAUCACGCCUACCUCGCUGCCCCAGACGGUCGCGGCACUGCAUUCGGUCGUCGGUCUCGCUGCUGUACUCACGAGUAUCGGUAGCGUCCUAGGCCACUCUGGUGAUAUCUCAACUCUUCACAUGGUUUCCGCCUACCUUGGUGUUCUCAUCGGUGGUGUCACUUUCACCGGAUCGAUCGUUGCCUUCCUCAAGCUAGCCGCAAAGAUGAGCUCGAAACCUCUGGCGCUACCUGGCCGGCAUCUCAUCAACAGCACGUUGCUCGGGGCGAACGUAGCAACCAUGGGUGCCUUCUUGACCUACGCACCGGGCGCACCUCUUAUCGGCGCAGCAUGUCUCGUUGGGAACGCAGCUCUGUCCUUUGUCAAAGGCUACACGACCACUGCUGCAAUUGGCGGAGCAGAUAUGCCAGUUGUUAUCACAGUACUCAACGCAUAUUCCGGGUUCGCAUUAGUAGCCGAGGGUUUCAUGCUGGAUAACCCACUCCUAACAAGUGUUGGUGCCCUCAUCGGGGUAUCAGGCUCAAUUCUCUCAUAUAUCAUGUGCGUUGCCAUGAACCGAAGCCUCACCAACGUCCUCUUCGGCGGCAUAGCCCCCACAGUCCAAUCCCAGACCAAGGUCGAGGGCGAGAUAACCAAGACCACAUCAGAAGAAACAGCUGAAGCUCUCGUCAACGCAGAAAACGUCAUCAUCGUCGUCGGUUACGGCAUGGCCGUGUCGAAAGCGCAGUACGCACUCGCCGACUUUGUCAAAAGCCUGCGUGCGAAAGGCAUCAACGUGCGCUUUGCCAUUCACCCAGUCGCAGGCCGCAUGCCAGGACAAUGCAAUGUGCUCCUCGCCGAAGCAUCCGUCCCCUACGACAUUGUCCUCGAGAUGGAUGAGAUCAAUGACGACUUCCCGGAGACAGAUGUCACACUUGUUAUCGGCGCAAACGACACCGUUAAUCCCAUCGCGCUGGAACCUGGUAGUGCCAUUGCGGGUAUGCCGGUGCUGCAUGCGUGGAAGAGCAAGCAGGUUGUUAUUAUGAAGAGGGGCAUGGCGAGUGGAUACGCGGAUGUGCCCAAUCCGAUGUUCUUCAUGGAGAAUACGAAGAUGUUGUUUGGCGAUGCUAAUGAGAGCUGCAACGCUAUCAAACGUGCACUAGAGGAGAAGAUUAAGGGGCUGUAG